GUUCUAUCUUCGCCUCCUUCCCUCUGCUCCGUCUCCCUCUCCCUCGAUUUCUCUUUCUAAGGAAGCCGACGAUGACGGCUCGGACUCUCCGCCAUCCCCCUCCCUUUCUUGCUCCCUCUCUGCCACCCCGUCACCCCCGCCAUCGCCACGAGUUUCGCCAUUGAACGAGCUUUCAGUGAUCAGUUGCUGAUGCCACCGGGAGAGAUCUCAGCCAUCCGCCAAGUGCAUCAUCCGCGGAUCAGCCCCGACUUCAUGCGCCUUGCGCAGUUCUUCUGCACUGCGGGUGUAUACGGCGCGGCAGAGUUCCGAUUCACGAGCAAUCCCCAGGUAGUGGUGCUGGCCAAGGCAACGACGUUCCAACAGCGAGCGGCCCCGGGAAUCAGCCACGUGUCUACCGUGGUAGUCUUCAGCGGCGACAUCACCGCCUUCGAUCCGGCGCGGCAAGCCGCCAUCAAAAGCACCUUGUACCGGUGGGGUCGCGAUCUGGCCACUGAUUGGGAUCGACGGCUCACAAGAAUUCGUCGAGCUCUCGUUUUGCCUGCUACGAGUGGAUCUGAACUGGACGUGGGAAAAGGCCAUCAGAGGCCCGCAUCAGAGAUUGUGGAGUUGCUCGUCAUUCAGGCGUGGCGGACCAACGUGGCGGGAGAUCUUCUGGGAUUCUGGGCGGCGCUGAGAGCAGAAGAGGAGGACGAAGAGGAAUCGGAAGGAGAUUUGAGGAGAGACACCGGGCAAGCAGCGGGCCGAUUGGCCAAGGACGAGGAAGAAGAGCGCGAAGGAGAAGAAGAGUCAGCGGACGAUGAAGAAGAAGAAGAAGAAGAAGCAGAGGAGGAUACUUCGGAGGAAGAGGAAGAGGCCUAUAGCGAGUACAGCGAGGGCGAGCAAGGUGAGGAGGAGGACGAAGACGACGAAGAAGUGGAAAGCGGGGACGACCAGGAGCCAACGCACGACGAGCUCGAGUGGGUGCCAGGACGGGAUCGGCGAGAGGAGAACCCGGAGGCUGCUGCGCAGCCCAAGAAAGAGAUUGCGGAAGGAAAGCGGCUGGCGAUCGAUUCCGCACCAAACGAUCCUUUCAAGGAUCCCGAGCCGCCCAAGCCGGAACAUGGAGACCUUGCUGCCACGACCUCGGGAGCCGCGACGACAAGGCGCCAAUCCCGAUCCCGAUCCACGUCCCCCUUCGCCUCCGCCCGUCCCCCAAUUCGUCAACGUGGUCGCGACGUGCGCUAUAAGCUUGAAGACCGGUUGAAGGGUGAGGACUGGCAGGAGGAUGGAGCGCAGGAAGACGAGGUUAAUUCCAGCGUCAGCAUCAACAACAACAACAUCAACAACAACAACGACUACAACAACAACAACAACGGUUACAGCGACAACAACAAUGAUGACAACAUUAACAUCAAUAACAAAAACGUCAACAACAACACCUACAACGGAAGCGAUGAACAUGGUAGAAGCGGGGUGGAGAACGGUGCGCGCGCAUAUCUGAUCAUCGUCAGCAAGAUGGGAGAGAUGCCGCACGUGGAUGCAGUGGAAUUCGGGGCUGACAACAACAAUGGGGAGGGCGGCAACGACGAUGAUGGCGGCGAGGAUCACCAUGACAACAGUAACAACAACAACAACAAUAACAACGUCGACAACAACAACAACAGUGGUGACGGCGGCAGCGACGACGAUGGCGGCAGCGACGACGAUGGCGGCAGCGAUGAUUACGGCGCCAGCGACGACCUCGGCAGCAGCGGGGCAGAGAGCAUCAGCAGGACGGGAGAGAUGCUGCAUGCUGACGCGGAGGGGAGUGGGCUUGACACGGAUAAGAGAUCGCAAUACAUCAACGGCAGAGCUCCGUCCCACCAUGCCACACGUGAUAGAAAGGUGAGGAAGACAGGAGCAAUGGAGAUUGCAGACUUCUCAUGUUCGCUGCACAGCGAGGAGGGGCGAGGGGAGGAUGAGAGCGGCCAUUCGCGCACGGCGGAAGAGGACGCUGCAGUCCACAAAUCUGGAGGGAGAGAACAGUGGUGUCAUUUGCGACGCCGUGCUGCAGGUGUGCUACGCCAUGGGGUGUGGAGCAUUCCCCAGAGCGACGCCCAGGUGGUGGAUGAAGCGACGGACAUGCGGGACGUGGGAGGAUCUUCGGCAAUGCGACGACGCUGCGCAUGUCGCCACGUGUGUUCCGACUCCUGAGAGAUCACGGAAGCUUUGUCUCCCAUCCUUGAACGGAAUGUCACUUUCUA